AUGGCCAUUUGGACGAUUGGUGCCAUUGCUGCUGGAGCAGUUGGCACCGUGGUCGCGUUGCCUGUGGUCCUGGGAGCAGUGGGCUUUGGAUCGGUGGGGAUCGCGGCUGGAUCUGUGGCUGCCAAAAUGAUGUCAGCUGCAGCUGUGGCUAAUGGAGGAGGAGUGGCCGCUGGGAGUGCAGUAGCUGUACUCCAGUCAGCUGCGAUGGGUGGACUCUCGACCGCAGCUACAGCAGCAGUGGCUGGUGUUGGAGGAACUGUGGCCGGCAUUGUCUCUAAAAUAAUCAAAUGA